UUUACAACCUGUAGCUUUAUACAUUUUUCUUUAACAAAAUCAAUUACGAUUAUUUCAUCAUCCGUUAACAAAAUCAAACAACUAAAGAGAAGGAAACAACGAAAACCUAAAACAAGAUUUUAGGCGCAAACCAAAAACCUCAAUUACGCAGAACCAACUCCCCCGCAGAACCGCCCCUCACAGAUCUGCACCACCACUGCAUUGCUCUGCCUUCCGACCUCUGUGAACGGCGUCUGUCCCACCGCUUCCAUCAAUUAUGAGAGGAGGAAUAUCGAAUUGCACUAAAUUAUGUAGAAAUUAUGUCGAAUGAAUCUGCUGAAUUAAGUCCAGAUUCAAGAGCUGGUUGAGGUUAUUGUUUGGCCAAUGACACUCAAAGAGGGAUUCUGGACAAUAGGGAUCCGUCCACCGAAACUCUCAUAGGCAAGAGCAUGUGCAGCACAAACAAAUGCCACUUUUCUGAAGUUAGUAGGGCCUCCGCUUGUCCAGGUUCAGGUUCAGAUGUUCAUUGGAGACGGAGCAAAGCUUGUACGUGAUGUUUUUCCACUUGCAAAAGAGAAGGCUCGUUGCAUUAUAUUUAUUGAUGAAAUGGAUGCCAUUAGUACUAAGCGGCUUGACAGUGAAGUGUGAGUGGUGACAGGGAAGUGUAACGAACUAUGUUAGAGCUGCUAAAUCAGGCAUAUUAUGUAACAACUACUGGGGAGCUUGCCAGGAUGGACUUGCAAGGACAAUCGAAACCAAGCUUUUUCUGGUUGUUCAAUGACCAAAAGAAAUCCAAAGUUGAGAUCAAUGUUGAGUUUCAAAUAUCUGAUGAAGAGGAUGCUCGUGAUGGGCACUUAGGUUCCAAGGGUAGUGGUCUUGGGCAAUCAAUAGCUUUUCAGUCAUCAACUUGGAUGUUCAUGAAGUCUAACUUGUUUCUACACCGCAGUGGCAAGGCCCAGACUGUGGACGAGGUCUAAAAAGUCUCCUAAACUUGUCAAGUUUGAGUAAACACUGAAAUUAUGUAAUUUCAUACGUUUAUUUGACAGUUUCUAUUUCAAUAAUUGGUAGCUGAUAAAUUCAGAUGUAUCUUUCCUCUCUAAUGUAAUAGUUUAAUUGUAUUCUUGUGGCUCUAUAUAAUAUAUAUCUUUGAUUUUUCUCUAA